AGGGGAACUUGAUGUUGUAUUGGAUUCGGGGGAAAGGAAUGAAACCCUGAAGGCCAAUAGAAAAAAUAGAAAUAGGCAAUCUCGGGAAGUAGGAGAUGGGGUGACCCUCCAGAAUGUACCAGGUACUUGGGAGGUGAGAGACUCUCAGUACUAAAAGAGAGGAACCUUAGAUGAAAUGCCCUACCCAUAGGGAGAGGGAACUUGUAGAGCCCACCUCCAGCAGAAAGGCAGGGCAUCAAGUGAGGGAUGAGGUUGCCAUCCCACGGUCAAGGAUUCUGACCCAUAAUUGUUCCUAUAUGAAAGAACUGCAGGGAUAAAAAUGGAGAAGAAUCUGAGGAAAAGGAGGUACAGAGUCAGGCCCAAAGUAGGAUCCAGCUCAAAGGGAGGUCUCAAGGCCUGACACUAUUACUGAGCUUAUGGAGUGCUCAAAAAAAGGGACCUAUCAUGACUGCCCUCUGAAAGACCCAAGAAGCAGCUGAAAGAGUCAGAUGCAGAUAUUUACACCCAACCAAUGGAUAGAAGCUGAUGACCCCUGUGGUUGAAUUAGGAAAAACCUGGAAGCUGAGGAGGAGGGUGACCCUGUAGGAGGACCAGCAGACUCAAUUAAUCUGGACCCCUGAGAUCUCUAAGACACUGGACUAUCAACCAGGCAGCAUACACUAGAUGAUGUGAGGCCCUGAACACAUACACAGCAGAGGACUGCCAGUUCUGGGUUUAGUCAGAGAAGAGGCAUCUAAUCCUCAAGAGACUGGAAGUCCCAGGGUGUAGGGAGGUGUAGUGGGGGUGACCUCUUGUGUGUAAGUGUUGUUUCCUGUGGUUGGGCAGGGCUCUGUGGCCAAUGGGAUGUGAAUGAAGCUAGCAUGUACUAUUUCCAAAGCCAAAUGUAAAACAUUUGGUCAGUUGGUGCAAACAUGCCAGUUGUCUUGCUGUUGCCCAUACAGGGAAGCUCUGAAAGUGUAAAAUGUAAACCAUGCAAGUGAACAAAGGGGAUUUUGGACAGCCUGAGUACGUGGAUGACUAUUUAUUAGUUAUGUCUUUCAAGUAACCCAAUCAUUGCACAUUGGAGAUAAAGGUAUGUAUCAUAAACAUGUGCUCCAUCUAGCCUAACCAAUAUAGAAAUUAGUUAAACGAGCUGAGUGCUUCUGUAGCAGAAAGCGAAAAUAGGUCAAAUAGGCAUGGCAUGCACGUCAACAGCAAUGGACGCAUCAGAAGCUAUGAUUAAGAGGCCUUACAUUGAAACAGUGACCAAGCUAUGUCAUUGGUGGAGCAGAUAAUAUUCCUAUUGCAAAGCAAGUCUAGGACAGUGGCUUUGAGAUGGGCAAGUUGGGGCCCUCUGGGGCUGUCAGAAAUUUUAAAGGUAAUAAUCAAUCCUUCAAGAGAAAGAAUGUUGUAUUCCAAAUACUGCUUGUAUUGUGCCCGAAACACUCUGGUCUUGAGGAAGACACAUUCACUAUGCUUGAGAUUGCAGAAUCAAGAGGAGAAGCUGGGCAAUUUGAAAGCAAAAAAGCAGAGAAUAAAAUACUGCUGUCAUCCAGCUUUUUCAAUAUUGGAAGGUUGUUGGUAUUACAUUUUCAAAAAGGAAGACAGAAAACUGAAAAGACUCCAUAAAAACUAAGACUUUUGCCAAAGGGUCAGUCAGUAAGUUUGGCUGACAUAUCUGUGGCUGAUACUUCUGAACGAACACAAAAUAAGCCACAGGUGAAUGACCUACCUUGAGACACAGCACCCAGUCAGACUUGAGGAUAGAGAAAGAAGCAAAGCAGACAGUUAAAAAAGAAACGGCAUUACUUUUCCUCACAAAACUAUUAUCUAUUAAAAGAAAAAGGAAAGACAAGUACAGUAAACUUGUAAAGUUUCUCAAAAGGUGCUAGACUAUAUCUUCAGAAAUUUGGAAAUGACUGAGCUAAAAAUAGAUUGGCUAAUAAACUUUUAAAAAUCUGUAGUUUCACAGUGGACAAAAUCUGGGUGUCUUUCCUGAAAAAACCUAUGCUUAAUGGGAUACUUAAAACAAGACUUGGGUUUCCAAAACUUGAACAAGAAAGAAGCAGACUGAAAAGCUGUCUGGUUUCAAGGUGAGCAACGGUGACCUUCUUGGUUGUCCAGGAUGACUAAAAGCAAAGGACAUGGGAAGAUGAAGACAACAUGUCAUGACUUAAACCACAGAAAAUACACCUCAUCUCUGUCAGUUGUAAGGGAUGUCAUCACUCUGAGGGACUGAGUUCAGAGCUCUGAAGUAACUGACUCCAGGGAUCAUGCGGGUGAAAGAAGGUGGUAUCAUGAGGAGGAGCUCACCAAAGUUCUUAUAAGCAGCUUUGAAAAAGACAGUUUUAAGAAUACCAGCUCAGAUCUGGCAAAGUGGACAUUGUUGCCAUCAACGACCCCUUCAUUGACCUCAACUACAUGGUCUACAUGUUCCAGUAUGACUCUACCCAUGACAAGUUCAACGGCACAGUCAAGGCUGGGAAUGAGAAACUUGUCAUCAAUGGGAAGCCCAUCACCAUCUUCCAGGAGCGAGAUCCCGCUAACAUCAAAUGGGGUGAUGCUGGUGCUGAGUAUGUCAUGGAGUCUACUGGCAUCUUCACCACCGUGGAGAAGGCUGGGGCUCACUUGAAGGGUGGAGCCAAAAGGGUCAUCAUCUCUGCCCCCUCAGUUGAUGCCCCCAUGUUUGUGAUGGGUGUGAACCACAGGAAAUAUGACAACUUCCUCAAGAUUGUCAGAAAUGCAUCCUGCACCACCAACUGCUUAGCCCCCCUGACCAAGGUCAUCCAUGACAACUUUGUCAUCCUGGAAGGGCUCAUGACUACAGUCCAUGCCAUCACUGCCACUCAGAAGACUGUGAAUGGCUCCUCUGGAAAGCUGUGGUGUGAUGGCUGUGGGGCAGCCCAGAACAUCAUCCCUGCAUCCACUGGUGCUGCCAAGGCUGUGGGCAAGGUCAUCUCAGAGCUGAACGGGAAGCUCACUGGCAUGGGCUUCCGUGUUCCUACCCCCAAUGUAUCCAUUGUGGAUCUGACAUGCCGCCUGGAGAAACCUGCCAAGUAUGAUGACAUCAAGAUGGUAAUGAAGCAGGUGUCCGAGGGCCCACUAAAGGGCAUCCUGGGCUACACUGAGGACAAGGUUGUCUCCUGCGACUUCAAGAGCAACUCCCACUCUUCCACCUUUGAUGCUGGAGCUGGCAUUGCUCUCAAUGACAAAUUUGUAAAGCUCAUUUCUUGGUAUGACAAUGAAUAUGGCUACAGCAACAGGGUGGUGGACCUCAUGGCUUACAUGGUUUCCAAGGAGUAAGAAACCCUGGACCACCCACCCCAGCCCAGCAAGGACACUGAGAAGAGAGAGGCCCUCAGUUGCUGAGGAGUCCCCAUUCCAACUCGGCCCCCAACACUGAGCAUCUCCCUCACAAUUCCAUCCCAGACCCCAUAAUAACAGGAGGGGCCUAGGAAGCCCUCCCUUCUCUCUUGAAUACCAUCAAUACCCCCCCCCCCAGAAAAGAAUACCAGCCCAGCAUGUAUACUUAGAAUUUCUUGAAUUUUAGUUCUAUGAAGUUGAUUGGUUCUAGCUAACUAGACAAUGAGAACAAUGAAAGAGGUAAUGUGGGGUGAGAAAUAGUUGUUUCUUGAGUAGUCUGAUGUUUAUUAUGGACUGCAAUUAGAACUUUGAAUUUUACUAUAUUAAGCUCUGCCAGAGCCUGACCAAUACAGAUGUGGAUGCACUCAGCCAAACAUAGGACUGAAUGUGGGGACCCCAAAGGAGAAGUUAGGGAAAUGACAGGAGCUGAAGGGGUUUGCAACCCCAUAGGAAGAACAACAAUAUCAACCAACCAGACCCUGCUCCCAAAGCUCCCAGGGACUAAACCAACAACCAGAGUACACAUGGGGUGACCCAUCACUCCAACUGAAUAUGUACCAGAGGAGGUCUUAUUGGUCAUCACUGGGAGGGGAGUUCCUUGGUCAUGUGGAGGCUCAGUGCUCCAGGGUAGGGGAAUACUAGAGCAAUGAGGCAGAAGUAGGUGGGCAAGUGUGAAGUACCCUCAUAGAGGCAUGGGGAGAGGGAGGGAUGAGGGCAUUUGCAGAGGGGAAACUGAGAAGGGGGAUAACAUUUGAAUGUAAAUAAAUAAAAUACCCAAUAAAAAUGAAAAAAUAUGGUAUUUGGGUUUUCCUUGUAAAAUUAAAUUCUAUAUUGUGCUAUGCCAUUGAGUAUUCAAACCUGUUCAUUCUCUAUCUUACAUUGCUUGAGGCGUGGAACAAGGAGCACUUGUGUUGUUGCUGGAAAAAUACUGUUCAUACCAGCACUAAGUUGUAGGAGUUAAUUACAGACCUAGCAGCAACACUAAAGAUGUACAGAACAUCAUAGAAGAGUCUUAGAUUCAUUUUCUAUGCAAGAGUGUUGAAGUCAUACCUGCUCAUGUAGCUUAAAUUAUAUCCAACAAAAAACCAUGUUGAGGCCAAUAUUUUGGUGCCUAUAUAUGUGACUUUACUUGAAAAUAGGGAUUUUUAUAAAUGUAAUAAGGUUGAAAUGAGAUAAAUGUAAUAAGGAUGAAAUGAGAUAAAUGAGAUGUUCCUCUAGGAACAUCUAUAUAGUAUAUAUACAUAUAUACAUAUAUAUAGUAUAUAUAUGGGAACAUCAUGUAAAGAUAAAAGACAAAGCCUGAAUUUGUUAUGGAAAUCAAAACAGG